GCACCACUCCACCCUGCUGCAUCGCACUCUGUAGGAAGUAUAAGCCUCCCCUUUGCCUCCGAGGGGGGCUGCCUCUGCAGCGCGAAGAUGGAAAACAGCGUUGGAACUGUGAACACGAGACCGAGAACUCGUGGGGCCGUGGCGCGGGAAGCGGCAGCGGCAACGGAGGCAGCAGCCCCGAGGACUCGGAGCAAGGCGGCGCGGGCGGCGGCGGCGGCGGCGGCAGCGGCGGCGGCAGCAGCAGCUAACCUCUCGCGGGGAAAAAUCCACCGUUCGCCAUUACACCGACCAACAAGUUCGCGCAGCAGCAGCAGCAGCAGCAGCAGGGGCGCGGAGCGGGCAAGAAGAGCCGCACGACAACGGGGGGCUUUGGCGAGGCAACCAGCAGCAACGCGUUCUCGGUCUUCCGCCGCCGCUCCCAAUACAAGCUCUGGUCAGAGCCGGUCGACAGCAGCAGCAGCACGGGCCCCGUCCGCUCUCCAGUCGGCCGCCGCGCCGCCCGGCGUUGCGAGAAGUGCUGCCGACGCUGCCACGGCCGUUGCCGCCGCCGCGGCUGCUGCGACUACUCCGCCUUCAGCAGCAGCGCCGACGAUCCUUUCCCCGAUACCGCGAACACCGACGCCAGGCAGAGCCGGGAGCCCCGGCAACUGCGAGCAGAGCGGCGAGGGAGAGGAGGUCAAGACAACCGUGGGGCGCUUGGAGGGAGACUGCGUUAUUUGUCUUUGCCCGUUGAGGAGUUCUAGCCAGCAGCCGCAGGAGGAGCAGCAGCAGCAGGAGGUGUACCAGAUCCAAGCGUGUGGGCACAAGUUCCACCGCGCGUGCCUCGCCGAGAACCGCAGGGCGGGGAACAUCGGCUGCCCCUGCUGCCGGGGCCCCCUAGAGAGGGGGCUGACGCCGACGCCCACCGCGGCGGAGAGGAGAGCGACGGCCGACCGGCAGGCGCUCUCGGAAGCCCGGGGGGCCACCCUGGACUCGGCGCUGGUGGCGAUGGUGGCCGUGCGCGAGGCGCUAACGGUGAUCUCAAACGCGGGCCCGGCCCAGGCGGUGGUGGCGGCGGCCGAGCCGGCGACGCUGGCGGCGAGGUCGACGCAGGAGGCCGUGUCGACGGUGCUGGCGGUGGUGCGGUCGACCGCGCCGUCGGUGACCAUGUACGCGGCGGCCUCGGUGAGGCUGGAGGCCUCCCGGGCGGAGCUCGUGAGGACGGUGGCGGCCUUGACGGCCGCGGUGGACCAGGCGGUUGGGAGUGGCGGCAGCAGCAGCAGCAGCAGCAGCAGCAGCAGCAGCAGCAGCGAAAGCCCCGUGAUGCUCUGACGACGACCCCCUCACUUUUCGCAAGCCUGAAAAGAAAUCGGACACGUUUGCGAGGUUUUGGGUCACCCCCUCACUCUCGUAGUAAGCCCAAAGUCUGGCACGCGUUGCGAUGGUGUGUGGAGGGCUCGUGCGGCGGCUCGUGCACGCAUGCGUUUGUUCGUUGAGAAAGAUUGAUAUGUCCUGCCGUGCGGCUUCGUGGAGGAGAAGCAGCAGCGUUAAGAAGAAAGGAGUGAUCCGCCCUACUCAUCGUGUUCGUUCCAUGCUGGAGUUUUCGUGGGUACGCACCGGCUGGUUGCUUCCAAACAUGCACCGAAAAGGUGGAGACUGGCGCGCCCUAAUUAGAUUUAGCAAAGAAUCACUCAAGCGGUGGGAAGGUCUUGAGGAAGGAGCGCGCGCAUGGCCAGAUCUUUUUAUUCAGUUUGCUCCCGACUGCUGGCGUGAUCACUGGGUGCGGCAACGUGCGCCGGUUAGACAUGAUAAGGAUCAACGUGCGGCAAACGCCCGCGACACUUCAACCUUCUUCGGGUGGACCCCAAAAUGGUGCCUAGACUUAAGCCAAGGUCCCGUGAUGUGGUGGUUCAGUCUGCCACGGGCGGGGACUCGUUUUCCUACCUUGCGAUACAGCGUGGAAGCGUGGAACCCCAAGCGUGGCCGAGCGGUACCAGACCAACCGCCUGCGGUGUCUAAAUGCAGAGAGCGAGCGCGCGUUCGUGGGCAGUCUUUCGCGUCCAGUAUUCCAGUUGCAUCUUCGCGGCAUACUUCGGAUCGCACUGCAGCCAUCCUCGGCACGUUGGAUAGCCCAGCUGGUCUCUACCAGGAGUCAUUUCGCGGUUGGUUGUGUGUCUCUCUGUAGAUCAGCAGACACACGCCCAUGUAUGACCUGGGCUUCACAGCUGCAUGUAAUAUCUUGGGAAGAAGGGAUGCAAGUCUAGGACACGGCUAAUGCACCAAUGCCGAUUCGUGCAACGUACGGCGGUACGUACAAGCUUGGAUGAUGAGCACGAGGUGGAAAAACGCCCUGGUGAUGUAGUGUGUUUCGGGGUCGGGGAUCAAGUCUUCUGUAGAAGACUGUUGUCGGUGCUGCUUUUCCGACGUUCCAUCCUUUUGACAUUUUCCUGAGACCCUUCUUUUUUUUAUCCUUGCGUGUGUGUAUUUUUUUUGUUGAGACCAGAGUUGUAGGCGGGCGUGGCGCCUUAAUCAUUAGACGCUACUCCGUACAAUGACAUGUAUCGAGUCAAACAUUCGCUUAGUGCACGAAGGCUUGUUUUUGGAACCGUUAACCGGGCUCUACCACUUGUCUGUUGUACAUUGUCGGCGUGACGCGAAGGACCGUGCUUGUGGUUGGUGAAUGAGCGAUGUACACACACUGCGUUCCCGUAACUUGUAGGUGUCGCAGGCUUGAGGACCCGAG